UCACUAGGCCACCAUGAUUCCCUAAUCCACAGAAAAUCUCCUGCAAAACAAAGCUUCAGUCCUCUGAUCUUAAUAACCAGCAGUUUAGGGCAUGUGAGGAAAACCCCAAGUACCAUACCAUUUAUUUAGCUCAAGCUCCAGUUCUUGAUAACUGCUCAAUGGCUAAACCUAAACCUCCAAUAAAACCCAUCAAGGAAAUCCACCAGAACCAAAACCAGCAUCCCCAAAAAUCAGAAAAACCACCUUCAUGGUUCGUUGUUAGAAGUCUUUUUACCUGUAAGGACCAACAAAGACAGCAGCAGCAGCAGCAGCAGCAGGAACUAAAGCAACAAAGGCAACCACAACAGGAAAAGCAAGAGCAGCAGAAGAAGAAGGAGAAAAAACAUCAUCAACAUCAAGAGCAAGCCCUGGAGGAAAUAACCAGCAAGAAAUGCAAGAAAAUAAAGUGUUCAGGCUCACUAUGCAGCAACACGAAGGUGAUGCACAGACCUGAAACAGCCUCCCCUGAAGUCCUUAAAAAAAGGGCUUCAAUGGGAUUAAGUAGUAGCAAUGAUACUUCAAGCAGAUCCAUGAAGGUUCCUUUAAAUGAAAUUAACGGGGUUCCUUCCUCUACUAAUUCCUUAGUGUCUGUAUCUUCUAAUUCAUCCAUUAAUAAUGUGGGGUCUUUCAGAGGAAUGCCAUUCAGGAGAUUAUCCGGCUGCUAUGAGUGUAGAAUGGUGGUAGAUCCUGUUCUUGGAUUCACCAGAGACCCAUCUUUGAGAAGUAGUAUUUGUUCUUGCCCUGAAUGUGGUGAGAUCUUCGUGAAAGCUGAAAAUCUGGAGCUUCAUCAGGCUUUUAGACAUGCAGUAUCAGAACUGGGUCCCGAGGACACAAGCAAGAACAUAGUGGAAAUUAUAUUCCAGUCAAGCUGGCUGAAGAAACAAGCGCCCAUUUGCCAAAUAGACAGGAUCCUCAAAGUCCAUAAUACCCAAAGAACCAUCUCCAAAUUUGAAGAGUACAGAGACUCCAUCAAAGCCAAAGCCACCAAAUUCCCAAAGAAACACCCACGUUGCAUAGCAGAUGGCAAUGAGCUCCUCAGGUUUUACUGCACCAGCUUUGCCUGCUCACUAGGCCUAAAUGGCUCAUCCAAUCUGUGCAAUUCAAUCCCACGUUGUAACGUAUGCAGCAUCAUCAAGAACGGGUUUAAAGAAUCCAGUAGCACUGAAGGAGUCAAUGGGAAUGGGAUUUUGACCACAGCAACAAGUGGUAAAGCACAUGACAAAGCUGCAAUAUUAGAGGAGAGUAAUGGCAAUAGUGAUAAGAGGGCAAUGCUGGUCUGCAGGGUAAUAGCAGGAAGAGUUAAGAAGAGCGCGGAGGGUAACAUGGAGGAGUACGACUCAUUAGCUGGAGCUGUGGGAGUUUACUCCAAUUUGGAUGAGUUGUAUGUGUUUAAUGCCAGGGCUAUUUUGCCUUGUUUUGUUGUUAUCUAUAGCGGGUUUUAGUAGGGUCUAAAAUUCAGUACUUGUAAUUUGUGACUAUAAGAGGGAAGGUGAUGCUGCCUAUUUUGUUC